GGUUGUUGUUGCUCGCUUCCAUGUUUGUUUUCUGGUCGCUGAGUCAAUGUUGUUUCAUUCAGGCAGGUUUAAAUUACUACAGUGGGCAGAAUGGCCGCUCCUGCUAAUGACAGCAGCCUGAGACCCCUCCAGAACGCCAUGCGACUCGUUAAAGUGGCCAUUCAGCUGGAUACGGGUAACAGACAUAAGGAUGCAUAUUGUGAGUAUUUGAGAAGUGUCAACUACAUCUCACAUGCCCUACUUCAGGAUGCAGCCUUUAAUGCUGAAGGAGAGAUGGAAGCAGUGGAAGUGGAGAAGAUGGUGAAGCUAGCUGAGCAGUGUUUAGAAAGGAUCAAGUCCUGCAUAGGAAAAAGAAAUGAUGCACCAGAUCCUGACCCUCCUGCGUCCUCACUCACACAGACCUACUCUAAUGUUCCUCUUUUUGUACCAAAUCCUGCACAAUUAGUGCUGUCAAAUGAAUCAGCGAUGGAGUCAGAGGCCCAAAGUAAGUCAGGCUCCUUCCUCCAACUGUCUAGACAUCGCAGAGUCCUCUCAGAAGGUGAAGGGACAGGAUGCCCCUUCCUGCCCCCUGAGGUCUUCCAGAAGCUACAAAUUGUGGAGUCACAAGACAGCAAAAGGGAGUUAACACCUAUUGAGGAGGCUUCACGUCUGAACCAGAAACUGAAGGCAAAUUAUGAGGCACGUCUGGCAAGGCUGGCACCCAGUCAGGCCAUACAAAAAACUUCACUAACCCUCUCUCUGCAGAGACAGAUGAUGGAGAACCUAAUCAUUGCCAGAGCCAGACAAGAUGCUCUCCAAAGAAAGAUGGAAGAGAGGAGACUCCGACUGCAAGAACAAGCAAACAGGAGGUUUUCAUCUACUGGAACUAUAACCCCUGAGGAACAAGAGCAAAGGGUUCUCUAUGCUAAUAUACUGGAAUAUGACCAAGAUCACGAUUGGCCUAAAAUUUGGAAAACUAACCUGAAAAAGAACCCAAACGAUCCAACGUUGGUUUCAGGCCUUGUCACCUAUCUCCUGAGCUGUCCUGAUCAUCCAGUUAUGAAGUUGCUGAAAAAGCUCCAGUAUCAAGUGUACAACAGGCUGUAUCCCAUAGUCAGCCAGUAUGCACCCCUCAGCCCAGUGCCUGGUCACUCUAUGUCCUUAAAACCCUCCCGCAGUGCCCAGAGCCUGCUUUUCUCAGACAGCCCUAAGGGACGGCAAAAAUCUGGCCUGGUCCACAGUGUGUCUGAUGCAUCCAUCUCACUCUCACUGCUUCACGACCUCAAUGCCACUGACACAGAACCCGAGUUGGAAUCAGAGGAGCCCCCAACUCCUGCCCCUCCUGAUCGAGAAAACUCUUUUGAGGAUCUGGAGCAGUUUCUGACUCAGCUGGACUGGACUCCAGGACUCGGUGCUGAUGAAACACUCUCAGACGUGACCUGUGACUCAACCUAUGGGGACUUGGACUGUCACAUUCAGGACCUCGAGGAACGAGCUCUCAAGGAACACCUUAAAGCAAUAGUCAAAGAUAUUCAUAAUUCUAUAGAUCGUCUGUUAUCUCUGUGCCUGUUGUCCUUUGAAUGUCUCAACACUGCAAGUUCUAAAGACCAUUGUGUGGCCUGCAUAGAGGAGGUCUUCUUUACGCCAAUCUGGAGCCCUCUUCUGGCACUAUUUAGGAGAGUGCACAGAGAGAGAGAGCUGGCUUUUGAGCACAGCGUUCAGCUUUACCAUAAUGCAUCACCUGGUGAUGUUGGUGUUGCAGCCAAACUGUACCCUAAAGACUCUGCUCUCCUUCAUGGUUCCUACCCCUACGAGUCAGCAGUGCAGGAACUAAAAUUGCUAUGUAGAGACUACUGUCCACAAAGAAAACUGGAAUGCAUUGUGAGAACAUUAAGGCUCAUCUGUGCCUGUGCAGAGCACUACCGGCUCCUUCAAGGGAACGAUCAGUCACCCAAAACUGCAGCCAUUGGAGCUGAUGACCUGUUGCCCAUCCUCUCCUACGUGGCCCUCCGUAGUGAGCAGCCUCAGCUGGUCUCUGAGUGUGCUGCGCUGGAAGAGUUCAUCCAUGAGGGGUAUCUAAUUGGAGAGGAGGGGUACUGCCUAACCUCAAUGCAGAGCGCACUGACGUAUGUGGAGUCACUUCACUUGGGUGGAGGUUUGCAGCAGGCUGCCAAACUCACCUGAGGGGGUGGUAUGGAGAUGCAUGUUCUUCAGACUACAUUCUCCUCUACUGGUCUUUCAGCCCAAGGAACUACCUACUUCAGAGUUCUGUAAAAGCAUGCCCAUCCAUCUUGUGUUGAGCUGGGACUGUGGAGGAGGUUGCACAGAGUGACCCUGGAGCUGACUGGGCCCAAAACCGUCAUAGCCUGGUGAGCUCCGGGUCCUGCUGCGUUGGAGAGCUCGGUCCCAAACCACUGCAAAAAAGACUGCUCGGGUUAGUGGAGUGGAAUGAAAUCGAUGUUAUGAGGGAAUUGGUCAGGGCGGUUGUCGCAUUUAAUGGAGACAUGGAGUGAAAUCAAAUGGCGUGCCUAAUUUUUAUUCGGUUCCCCCUCUUUUUUUUUAUUUCUUUAUAAUGCCAUUGUCCUGAAUGUUUUACUGUGAGUGAAUGGAGGGCAAAAGCACUGCAUACAUGCCAUUUUAAAAUAAACUAGGUUCAUUUAGAUGUGUUCUCAGGAAGGAUAAUAUAUUUGCAGCAGAGUAGUGUGUCAAUAAAUUAUGAGCAAAGAGAGAGUAAGGUUUAAUUUUAAAAAAUCAUUUUCAGCAAUUUUAUGUACUUAUAUACUUUAAAGACUGUAACACCAUCUACUAUGGGUAUUGCGAUGGAGAGAACAAAGAACAGACUGGGACUUUAUUGUUACAUAAUUGUUUCUACUACAUUUUUUCCCAAAGUCAUAUUUUGCACUUUGUUUUGUGUUUUCACUUUGCCCUACUUCCUUGUACCUGAGCCAGAACUUAAUGAGCAUUGUUAACGCUUAAUUACGAGAUAUGCCUAGAGUGUGUGGUUUCCAGGACUAACUUCAGGAAACCCCUGUUAAACUUUUUUACAAGAUUGAGUAAUCUGAUCCUAAAGGAGCUCCUUCAAUUUUUUCUUUCAUUCUCACAAUUUGAUUUGAUGACUCAUUAAAGCCAAUAAUGCAUUCUUAAGCAUAGGUUGAAGAAAGACUUGAUGGUUGGAACAAGAGAAGUGUGUGUUUGUGCCUAGGCCUGUCAUGAUAACUAUUUUUGUGUGGAUGAUCUCUUGUUCCAGAAAUAAUUGUGAUAAACAGUAUUGUACAGUACAAGACAAUUUUAUGCCAGUAAUAUAUAAUGAUUAGAAAAUAAUACAGUAAGGCAGCUGCACCAUUAUAGAUAGUAAUGAACUGUUCAUAGUUGAGAAUAUUCAGAAUGUGCAAUUGGGGGAAAAAAAUUAAACCUUCUAAGUUUAAAUCAACGUACUGACUCUUAUUUUCUUUAUUGGCACGCUUCUUAAAAUUACUGUACAAAAGGUUGAUAAUUGAAUUAUCCUGACAGGCUUAUUGGUGCCAGCCUAUGCUUCAUCCUAAACUGAAAUCUAUGAGUUCAACAAGCAGUUUAGAACGUUACCUGUAUUAUGCAUUUUUAAAAAAAUAUUUGAAGGUGCUCCAAAUGUACGUUUAGGCAAUGGUGUCGUAGAACAACAUUCAUAAAGAGAAUUUCCAUAAAGAACCAUGUUCAUAAUGGAGGUGUGUGCUUGACUUAACGUAAAAGGCUCUUCACACUCAACAAUCUUUUUUACAAACAUAAUUCUUGAUGAAAGCAAACCUUCUAAUAAUAUUGUUUACUAUUUCAAAAAUGUAAAAUUUAGCAAAGCAGCAUUGCCAGUCACAAAAAAGAGCGUUAAAAGCUAUUCAGGCUCCAGAGAGGUUGAGAAUAUUAAUUGGCCCAAGGGCGACACCAUAACACUUUUUCCUGAUAUGUUCAAGAUGUUUUUUUUUUUUUUUUUUUUUUUUUAAGUGCAGAUUAAUGUUUAAAUAUGUUUAUAUGGUUUUACUCACAAUAACAGUGCAAUUUGAUGUUUAAAUAUGUUUAUAUAGUUUUACUCUUAAUUUAUGAAAGGAAAUAGAUUAAAUAGAAAAAUAUAUGGGCUGGAGAAAAAAAUCUCAAUGUUAAAGAAAUGUUAAUAUUAGUGUACCAUCGGCAAUGCUAUCAAUAAUAAGUGAUUGAGAAAAAUACUGUAGAACUAUGUAUGUGUAUAUAAAUAUAUAAAUAUGUAUCUAUUUAUGUAUCCACUAAUGUGACGUUGUAUUUCGUCUAGACCACUACAGAGGCUGCUGUCUGGAAUGUUGCAUGAAUGUUUGCUUUAUUGCUACUGAUGACCUUUUUAAUGUGAGGAUGAGUGAGAGCGUGUGUUGGAUUUUCUAAUAAUAAAGAUAUUAAAUAACA